AGUUCCGUUACUGAGUCAUGAUGCAAACGCUUCUCCAAUUCGAUCUCAGAUUCGGCGUUGUCUACUCCGACGCCGUUUCAGGUUCCGCAGCUGGAAUCGGUUGCGUCGGAGAAAUCGUGAAGCACGAGCGUCUCGUCGAUGAUCGAUUCUUCUUAAUCUGUAAAGGUCAUGAACGAUUUCGCGUCACGGAUCUCGUCCAUACGAAACCUUACCUCGUCGCGAAGGUGACGUGGCUUGAAGAUCGACCGUCUGGUGAAGAGAAUCUGGACGAAUUGGCGAACGAGGUUGAGGUUUUGAUGAAAGAAGUGAUUCGAUUGUCGAAUAGAUUGAAUGGGAAACCAGAUAAGGAAUCUCAGGAUCUGAGGAAGAAUCAGUUUCCGACUCCGUUCUCGUUUUUCAUUGGUAGCACGUUUGAAGGAGCUCCAAUGGAGCAGCAAGCGUUGUUGGAGCUUGAAGACACAGCGGCGAUUAAGCCCAAAACGACGUCGUUUUAGGUAAUAACGGAAUCGUUAACGGCUGUUAUCGGAUCUGUUAACGACAGAUAACGGCGUGUGGUUUUUGGCCUGGUCAACGAAUACUUCGUGUUUAAAUUGGCC